AUGCAACAGGACGAGUGCACGUUCAGCUUCGACACCCCGCUCUCCCCCGGCGGUCUCCUCACUAACCUCGCCACGCACAGGUCCGUCGGCGUCGACUUCAUCGACAUGGAGCGCCGCCUCUGCGCCAAGCACGGCGACCCUUCCUCGCUCUACCUGCUCCAGCGAUGGCGCAGGGUGAAGAAGCCGCAGGAGGAGCUGGACGCGAAGAGGGACCCCACGAAGCUCGCCAUCGGCGUGGAGGGCGGAUUCAACGUCGACGACGACGGCGACUACGACGUCGUCAAGGCCAACUUCCUGAGGGUGUACCCAGCCGGAAUCGACGUGGAGCUCCCAUGCGAAGAUCUGCCUUUUGCCGAGGAGGUCGCCACGUGGCAAGAGGAGCGCCGCGAGUCGCGGUACGCCGACGCGUUGGUGCAGGAACCGAGCGAGGGGCGCAAGAUCUCUCCCGAUCCGAAGCGAUGGAAAUGCGCCGAGACUGGCGCGAGUGAAAACCUGUGGCUCAACCUCUCCGACGGAUUCAUCGGCAGCGGCCGAAAAAACUGGGACGGCUCGGGUGGAAACGGCAGCGCCCUGCGCCACUACGAGAAGUGUAAAGCGGAGGGUAAGGAGUACCCGCUCGCGGUCAAGCUCGGCACCAUCACGCCCGCCGGCGCGGACGUGUACUCGUACGCAGCCGACGAGGACGACAUGGUGACGGAUUGUAAACUCGCGGAGCACCUCGCACACUGGGGUAUCGACGUCAUGCGCAUGGAGAAGACGGAGAAGUCCAUGGCUGAGCUUCAGAUUGACCUCAACAAGGGCUUCGAGUUCGAUAAGAUAACGGAGGCGGGCGCGGAGCUGGCGCAGGCGAGCGGCGCCAGACGCGUCGGGCUCAAGAACCUGGGCAACACGUGCUACGUGAAUUCCGUCCUCCAGUGCCUCAAGGAGGUUGCCGCUUACGAACGAAGGUACUGCGCGGGCGCCGACGCCAUCUUCGAGUCGUCCCCGGCGGACGCGACCGGCGAUUUCUGCACCCAGAUGGCCAAGAUCGCCGUCGGUUUGGUCACCGAUCGAUACGCAAAGGGUUCGGGGUCCGACGACGACGCCCCCGCCGCCGCCGCCGCCGUCCAGCCGAGAAUGUUCAAGGCGAUCGUCGGCAAGGGUCACCCCGAGUUUAGCACCGGCCGGCAGCAGGACGCGGUGGAGUACUUUCAGCACCUGCUCGAGGUGAUGACGCGCGCGGAGCGAGCCGAGACGGGACGCGUGGGCGCGAUUGACGGUUUGAAGUUUACGGCGUCUCAGUUUGAGUUUGAGGUUGAGGAACGCGUCGAGUGCGUCGAGUCCGGCAAGGUUCGGUACGUGACCCGCCGCGAGAACGUGCUGCCCCUCGAGGUUCCGGUCGAUUUGGCCACGAACAAGGAGGAUUUGGAUCGCGAGCGCGAGUUGAAACGGCAGAAGACGGAGAGCGGGGAGAGCGGGGAGCGCCACGGGGACGAUGACUCUGUCCGCGAGCCCACGAGGCCCAUCGUCCCGUUUGACGCGUGCCUGUCCGCCUUCGCCGCGGACGAGACGGUGGACGAUUUUUACUCCACCGCCUUGGGACGCAAGGGCGUCGCGGCGAAACGCGCGAGGCUCAAGACCAUGCCGCCGAUCCUCGCGGUCCAGGUCAGACGGUACUACGUCGCCGAGGACUGGACCCCGAAGAAGCUAGACGUCUUGGUGCCCAUGCCGGAGACUGUCGACGUCGAGAGCGUUCGGGCGACGGGGCUCGCGCCGGGAGAGGAGGAGCUGCCCACCGCGGAUGCGGACGAAGGAGGAGGAGGACCGGGGGCGGGUGCGGGCGGCGAGCCGCGGGCGCCCGUGGAGCCCGACGCGUCCAUCGUGGCGCAGCUGGUGUCUAUGGGUUUCAGCGAGAACGGGAGCAAGCGAGCGGCGAUCGCCACCGGAAACUCCUCCGCGGAGGGAGCCGCGGAGUGGGUCUUCGCCCACAUGGAAGACCCGGACUUCAACGAUCCCCCGACGAUCCCGGGCGGCGCGGGCGGCCAAUCGGGAGCUGACGCAUCAACCGGCGUCGGGCCACAGGCGCCGGACCCCGCGAACGUCGCGAUGCUCGCGUCGAUGGGCUUUGCCGAAAAUCACGCGACGGCGGCGCUCGCCGCUUGCGACGGGAACAUCGAGCGCGCGGCGGACUGGCUCUUCUCCCGCGCCGACGACCUCGACGCCGCGGUUGCCGAGGUUAACGCCGCGGCGGGCCAAUCGGGAGGUGCCACGUCGGCACCCGGGGACGCCGAGUCGGCCGGCGAGUGCGAGGACGGGCCGGGCAAAUACGAGCUCUUCGGGAUUGUGUCGCACAUGGGCGGCAACACCGCGUGCGGUCACUACGUCGCGCACGUCAAGAUCGAGGGGCAGUGGCACAUCUUCAACGAUCGCAAGGUGGCGAUCAGUCAGAAGCCGCCGCUCGAGCUGGGCUACCUCUACUUCUACAGGCGCGGCGCGUGA